CAACACUACAAAUCUAUUACAUUUAUUGAGUCAUGUUCUUUUCGAAUGAGAUACUUACUAAGAAAGGAGGACAGUUUGCUGUGGUGUGGCUUGUUGGUAACUUCAACACAGUUCAUGGCUCUAGACGACUGGGGUUGAAGAAAAGUGAUUAUGUUUCUGUUGACGUCGUCAAAGCAUGUGGUGACAUGCUCAAUCCACGUACACAGUUUGCUCUGAGGUUGUCAUCGACUCUGCUAAUGGGUAUCAUCAGAGUCUACGAAAAACAAAUCACAAUUGUAUAUGAUGAAGUGAAGUCAAUGUGGAUAUUUCUCAAGAAAGGAUCCUUCAUGAGACCAGAAAAUGUGGAACUCCCAACACAAAGGAGCGAGACGUUUGCUCUUCCCAACCCUCUCUACCACUACGACAAAGAAAUGGGUAACGAACAGAGUGACAUCAGGUUUUAUACUUCUCUUGGUGAGAAGGCCCUGUUCGAGGGCCAGGGAGCAAAACCAACACAUGAAAGCAGAGCUGAUUCUGCUUACUUUACUAUCUCAUUCGGGGAUCAGGAGAUCACCAACAAUGAAUACGAGAACACGAUGGGAUCAAUAAGAGAGGAGUCGCCCGCCAAACGACGUAAAAUCAGUAAAGACAGUUUCUUAGACAUCAUAGAAGAUCCCCAUACCCCUCUCAAGAUCAAGGAGAAAGCUCCUAUUAUGCCGAUCGAGGUCCCAGGCGUCGAGGAAUUCGACGGCCAGAUUGAGAGCGAUCUGUUGAACAUUUCUGAGGAUCAGCUCAACGAAAAGUUUGCUCAGUGCUCCCAACUCCAAACUUCCGAUCUUGAAAUGACGACAGAAGGUGCCAGCAUGUUCGGAGCAGGAUACGACUCGGGCAUGUUAUCAGUAGAUCCCAUCCAGGAGGAUCAGCCCAGUGAGCUGGGUUUAACCACACUUGACCCGGUAACUGAGGAAAGCAAUAUAGAAAACCCUCUACUCGGUCUUCAAGGAGCAACUGAUUCAACUAUGUUUGGUCAAGACGACAGCACUAGAGCGAUGGAACCACCCCAGGCUGAUAUCGGAGAUAUGAUCCUUAAAGAGCUCUCCUCUCGUAUCCAGACAGAUCCGAUCCUAAAUGAGAUGAACAAAGAAAAUGAACCACCAGUUUCCCUUCAUUUUGACGAGACAAACAAAGAAAAUCAGGCGCCACUCUUGGAUGCCUCGGUUAAGGAAAACUUGGAUCAGUCCAGUCUUCCCCCUAUCAGUAUUGAGCGUACUGAGAAUGUUGAGAACAUCGAAAAUGCUGGAAAUAUUGACAACCUAGAGAAUGCAGGUAAAGGUAACGACGAAACGUUGGUCGAGGAGGACCCAGAUAAAGAAAAUAGGGAUCCUAACGCAAUCAGACGGUCACAGAGAGCCACGAAGAAACCUCUAAGAUUAGCUCAAGAAAAGGCAUUUGACGCAACGAAUUCAUUUAUCCUCCCCCAACUUGCAACUCCAAAAGACGCACCCACAAAGAGGAAGCGAAAGAGACAGCUAGUAGUCGAUAAGAAGAACCAGUUAUCUGUCAAGGAAAUGAAGAAGUUUAUGAAGAAUUCUCGACAAGCCCUUUGCACUGAUCCUGUUCUGGUCCACAAGAUAAGACCCACUCCAGAAGAGCUGUUCAACGAGCCACACCGGAGUUACCUUAAGAAAGUACCAGAACUAAUGAAGCUCUGGGGGCGAUGUGCUCAUACUGGCGAUCAUGAUCUUACCGAGAUGUUGGAACGUCAGCUAGAAAUAGAUGCCGACAUGUCCCAACCCAUUGUACAAGGGGAUACGGCAGAUGCCGAAAACAUUGACAUUACGGGAGAGACUUCAAGGAAACGACCACGAUCUUCUGUCCUAUCAGACGUGGAAAUUGCCAGGUUCGGAGGAAAUAGCACCUUGCAGGACAUCAGCGAGUUUGAGGGUGAUUUGACGAGACUUGACAGCACGGGAAAUGUAUCGAGAGACUCGGAUGCCUUCACAGCUGCAGGCUUCAGAACCAGUACUGUCCUCAAACCCCAACGAGGAAGCGGAAUGGUGGGUCCCAUGUUAUCGCCCAUCCAGCAGCUUGAAAACUUUGAGGAGAGUGAGAUACAACUUGAUCCUCAGGAGCUACUGCCCAUUAUGGAGGAGCCCACAAUCCAGGGUAAUCUGAGUGACCUACCGCAACCGGAUUUGCCUCAGCUCUCUGAUCUUCCCGAUAUGAGCUCGGAUAUCUUCCAGGAUUCUUCAACUAUGUUCGGUCAACAGACCGAUAAUAUCGAGAUGACCGAAGGAGGCUUAACUCCAGUAAGAGAGGUCGAAAUGCGGGCUUUGAGCCCCGAAAAACCAAAAACACCUCUUAUCGAGAGAUUGUCGGGCGUUCCUCAGGAGGAGACCAUUGCCGGUGAAAACAUGUCCACUUUCCAAUAUUUUCCAGACCGAGAAAGCCAGAAGUUUUACGGGUUUGUGAAACGAAAAUUCUCUGAAAACGAAGAUUCGAUCACCUUUGAGAAGUUGGUACCCCGGACUCACACGAGGAAAACUGCGGCUCUCGCAUUCUAUCAAUUGCUGGUGCUGAAGAAAUUCAACCACAUCCACACGAGCCAAGACGAGGAAACUUACUUCGGAGACAUAUCUAUCAAAUUGAGACACUGAUAUGUUGGGUUCAUGUACCAUUAUAUAUAGCAACUUAAAUUGAAUUCAUGGUUAAUGGUAACUAGCUGUAGCUGUCCUCCUGAGGCUACCGAGCUUCAAGAUGUGCCAAUUCGUCUGCUUUAUGUGGGACACUUUGUUAAGACUUUGUUAAGACUCGUAAACGUGUUAAGUAUCGCCGACCAAUGAUGUGAGGCGAUUAAUUAUCAUUUAUUUUAACAGGAUUUAAUUUCAACGAAUUAUUUUUCAUCUAAUAAGUUCAACAUAACUUGUUUUUCGAAUCUUAAGAGAUUCUGUUACAGAAAAAAGGUUUCUAAAAAUAUUGAUUUAAAUACUGAUUUAACGAGAUCGCUUUAAGUUUAUCCCACGGUCAAUGCAAUUUUGCUCUAUUGCUAAAGACCGAUGAGCAGCCACAAAAAUAACACGCUUUGGCCCUAUUUCAAAUCAACCUGGUCAGAGUGGCUCUAAAAAUAUGAGCAAAACUUCGGGAUUGAUUUACUUUCAUCAAGUUUUUGUGCCUAGUACUUAUUCUGCUGGGUAAUGUGUAUAUAUCAUAUGUAUUGUGAUUGGGAUGUUCAUACUACGUAGUGCUAUUAAUAGAUAGGAAGAUACUCAACAUAUUGAAAGUAGUUCAUGAUUGCUAAGAAUUGUUACAACGGGACAAUUGUUUAUUUCUUAUUUAUUUCAUAAAAACUACAUUAUGUUAAAAAUAUUAAAUAUUGCUCUGAUACUUUCAAACUUUCUGCUGUUUUGUUCUGAUACAAGACUAAUAGAUUUGUUUACUUUUGAAUUUUAAUGUAAAUAUUAUUGGUAAUUGUUAAUUAAAUAUUCAGCUCUUCAUUAUAAA